ACCGGCCAUCUGCACAAAUGGCUCCUCAACUGAUCCACCCGCCCUCUUUUCAUCCUCCCUGCCCUCCCUCGCACCGCCCCCCACCAUGUCCCUCUCGUCCUCGCCCGAGUCCCUCGCGUCGCCCGCGACCCCUCCCGCACUCGCAGCGGCGCAUGAGCUAGAAGUCAUCGCGGGCGAGAGUGCGGUUGAGGACAGCCCUGUAUGCGUCGGCCAGCGCGUCCGCUUCGAGGCAGACUGCGUGCUCAUCCCAGACCCGAGCCCUGUCUCCCGCAUGCCCCGUCUGGUGACAAAGUCGUAUGCUGUCCCGCUCUGGCGCAAGCGCAACCAGAGCCAGGAGCCAUGUUCCGUGUCUGACUCGAGACUGAGAUGCGCGACGACGGCCACGUCGUCUUCAAAGUCUCUGUGCCAAGUAUUGCCAUCCGGACGCGCUCUCCAUCGCGUGCUGAACUCGCCCAUCAGCCUCUUGUGCCCUGCCUUGUUCACAACCACGAUCACACUUCCGACCCUACGGUUCCACCAUCCUCAUUUCCUCAAACUCGGCGCCGACCUCUCCGAGCCGCGUCUGUACCAUCUUCAUCGCACCCGAUCCCGAACGCCCAGAUCAUCACCGUCCCCCUCCGCCCCUGCUGCCCAGACUGUAUCUUAUCGACCGAGGCGUGCCUUCGCCAGGGCACGCACUGGCAGGAAAACUUCACGCGCGGCGCACUGCGUUUGCGAAGGCGCGCAUCCGCGUCGGACGCGAGGAGCGACUUCAGUGCGCAUCGCAGGCUCUACGAUACCUUGCCCGGGUUCGACGCCGUCAUCGGGGGCCUGGCAGUAGACGAGGUCGACAAGAUCGGCAAGGCAAGGGGUGCACGCCUCCCGGCUGUGCCUUUGGCGGAGACGGACGACGAGGAUGGCGCCCUGUUGCCUAGUCUAUCAAGGAAUGCGUCCACAUCCCGGUUGCCUGACACUAGCGGGCGUCUUGUCAAGGCACCGUUUCACGCGAAGGCGGUCUCUGCGGACGCGGAGCAUGGGUUCUUCGAUAUACCAGAUUUUUCGCCGGUCGACGACGAUCUUGCCUCCUCCCUCCUUGCAACAGGCCUCCGCGCCAGGAAUGCGAGGGCGCUCGGGUCCCCUGCCGUCGCUCGUGUCCGCGCACCCCGGGAGAUUUCGACAAUGGUGCAUUCCCCUAUGGAGGAGCUCUUGGGCUGAGCUCGAGCCCAGUGCCGAUACCACAGAGUGUUUCGAGACCUAUCGUGACGGCGUCGUCGUCUCAGCCAUCCUUGAACGAGGACUACGGCGGAUCCCCCAGGAGUCAGCGCCGCCCGUCGGUCAACCAGCGACGGCCCCAUCUGCAUCUGCCCGCCCCGUCGUCGUUCCUGAAGGUCGGCGUGGACAUGCUGAGAGGUGUCACGAUGAGUGCGGGGACACCCCUCUCUGUGUGA